AUGCCUCACAACACACAAUGCGUUUGUCAAAUAUGUAUUUGCGAGAGAUCUGGAAAAUCUUUCACUAAGGGUCAUUUCGAUGUCUAUAUUGGACACAUAAUUAAUAGCAUAAUCAGUGAAAGGCAACACCCACAAGCAGGAACAUUUGCAGAAAACGAAAAUAUGAAUGUAGCGCAUCUUCACACAGCAGCAAAAGAAAACCCUAUGAAUAUGUAUAUAACUUCGCAUGUUUUGCGACGUCACAAUUAUGAAUCCUUGAUUGUUUUUGGAAGUGAUGAUGAGAAUAAUCAUCAACAACCAAAACGGAGCAGACAAAAUACCGCUGAUUUUCAAAAGCCUUCACAUCGGCACACCAGGGAGUAUGAGGACGCUUUUACCGAUGACAAUAAGUGCACGAUUAAAGUUGGACAACGAAGAGAUCGUUCCGCUGAAACACAUGAUAAUGUCGGUUUGAUUUUGGAACCUAUCAACAUUAAAAGCACAAAAUCAGGAAGCAGAUAUAAUGAUGAUUACAAAGAUGAAAAUGGCAGUCGUCAAUUCGACAUUUCAAAACCAUUUGAUUCGAAUUUUUGGAAGAAAAAAGGAAAACUGGCAGAAGAAACAAUUUUACGACAAGAUUAUGAUCGAAAGAAAGAUGAACGAUAUACAAUUCAUAGACUACAGGACUGCGAUAUCAUUCAAGGAGACGGGAUUUUCAUUGGAGAAAACCAGACAAGCGAUGAACUUAUGCCAAAAAAAGGAAAACGCUAUGAAAUUACGCGAUCACAAACUUCUGAUUUAUGGAAGAAUAACGGAUCAUUCACAUCGGAAACAGAAACCGGUGCCGAGUUCACUGCUAAGGAGGGUGAACGAUACAAAGCGAAACGUCCCGCUGAAUCUGAAUUAUGGAAGAAGGAAGGACGAAUAGAUAGAGAUACAGUUUCCCAUCAAGAUUACACAAGCAAAACAGGAGAAAGAUAUCCGGUGUCAAAACCACAGGAUUCUGAUAUCUUGCAUGGUGACGGAUCAUUUAUAUCAGAAACGCAAACCGGUACUGAGUUCACUGCUAAGAAAGGUGAACGAUACAAAACGAAACAUCCUGUUGAAUCUGAAUUAUGGAAGGUUUGUUAA